CACAUACUUGCGAGCAGCAUAGAUGGAUACUGGUUCUGGAAAAGAGUAGCAAAAGAAUACUCAUGAUGCUUGCUCUAUAGGAUUGAACUGAAUCUUGUUAACACCCUGGCCCAGCUGCCGUUCAGUACGACAGCGGGUGCUAUUAGCUGACGACGACGCGUGAGGCUAAAUCCAUUUCAAGAUCAUUCAACACAACAUGGGAAGCUUGCGGACAUUGGCUUUUGUAAUUCUGGGAUUUUCAGGAUUCAUAUUUAUUGCCCUUUUUGGAAGAAUUCCUGCUUUCCGGAAAACACCUAUUGGGUUUCUCCAUAGGACUAUUUGGAUAUACAUCCCCAAUGGAAUAGCUUAUGUUGAUAAUCGCCUACUUGGUGGGCGGUUUUUGCAGUGCUGGAAUCGAUUCGGUAGCUACAUACUGCAUGAGAACCACCCACUUGUUCUAAUAUUCUUCGUGUUACUUCUGAUAGCAGGGGAGUUUAUGUUUAUUCCGAGUGCGUGGCCUAGGAUCUCUACAGGGCAUCGACUUUGCGUUCCAGUGGUUGCGAUUCUCCCAUACGUCCUCUUGUAUGCGAGUGUUGUUUCCAGAUCUGAUAUCACACCGGAAAAUCACUCAGAAGAGAUUGAACGCUAUCCAUACGACCGGGUUAUCUUCCACCCAGGGCAUUAUUGCCGGACAUGCCGCUUUCUCAAACCAGCACGGAGCAAGCAUUGCAACGUUUGCAAAGCAUGUGUUGCUCGACAGGACCAUCAUUGCAUAUGGUUAACUAAUUGCGUUGGAAGAAACAACUAUCAUUAUUUCUUGUCAAUGUUGCUGUCGAUGUCAGUCCUGUUGAUCUACGCAACGUUACUGGGCUACUCUCUGUUAUCUCAAACACUGGAGAAUCUAGUACCUUCCAGUUCCAGUCUACGGUCGACGAAGCAAAGCUGGUCGGUAUUCAUUAAUAUCUGGUCCGUGGUUAUUGCUUCUGAUGUCCGAAUUGGGGCUGUGGCUCUAUUAGCAUGCUUGACAUCUCCCCUAGCUGUGGCGUUCCUCGUGUAUCAUAGCUACCUCAUCUGGGCUGGCAUGACAACGAACGAGAGCGCCAAAUGGUCCGAGUGGAAGGAAGAUGUUGCUGAUGGCCUUGUCUUCAAAUCUUCUCGAAGCAAGAUCUGUACAGAGCCACCUACACCUGAUCACAAGCAUCAAGGGUCUUGGCCGAUAAGCAGCGAUCAGAUUCUUGUAUUCACGGAUGGUCAGCCACCGACAGAGGGAUAUCUGUUGUCGUCUGAUUCCAGUGAAAUCAUUCGCAAUGGUGAACCAGGUACACCUGUUGAUCCGAGAUGGGUUCGCGUGCGCAAUAUGGGCGAAGUGGACAAUAUCUACGAUCUUGGAUUUUGGGAUAAUCUGCAUUUCUUGACGGCUGCUUUUCUCGCAAUAUUUGCUGCGAGUACAGUCAACAUGGCAGACCGUACAGGAACAGAAGCAAAGCCAAAAUGCACCCCCGCGGAGCUAAUGUUGAAGGUCAUUUUGACCGGGACUUUGAGCCACUAUGAGACUCGUGGGAUGAUUGACGAUAAACGACUGGAGCAUAUGCUAUCUGCGGGGAAGCAGAUUUUGUACAAGACGCAUCAGGAAAGCGACGUCAGACACAAUCUAGGAUUGUCACCAGACAUUUGGCAAGGCUUCACAGACGUACUUACCAAAGCGAUCCCAGUCCUUGAGUCGCAGUCCUUUGCUUGGAAGAGCCCUCCUUCUGCUAAUUACGACCAUUCCUCCUCAAACUUAAUCGCAUACAACUACUUUUCGCUGGUCAAGGAUAUCGAACGCCUGAAUGACUUAUGUAUCAUCGCCCGCAACUUGCUUGCGACGACGAAGAAGGCGCAGAAUAUGGCGGCGGAAAAGGGUUUCGACCAGAGAAUCUUAGCGCUGGUUGACACUUGUGUGAGGGUUACCGCGCGGGGAUUUGAUGGAGAGACGAAUGCCCGGAACGAAGAGCGCUGGCAGAAAGUGGUCAACCUCUACAAACGUCUUUUGAUUACGUGCCUUCAGUUCCUGCAUAACUUCAUCAUGCACAACGAACAGCGGAAGAUGGUGCUUUGGCUCGAUCUAUUCGGUUACCAUUCCACUGGCGAUUCCAACAUCAUACAACCCAAAGAGCCACUCGAUCAGACCAACACUCAACCCGAGGGAGUGGCACCAAUUGUGAAGACAGGAGAGAGAAUCGUCAACCCUCCGAUUAGGGCUCUCUACGAUCAGACGGCCGAGGACCUGCUACUGGAGACUAUUUCCAAUUUCCCAAGGGAGCCCGCAACCAUCAAGGAAGAAGCGGCUAUGUUACUUCUGGCAAAUAUCAAGGACCACAUGGAGAAGCUUCUGGGACGCGAUCUGACCGCUAUUCAGGAAAUGGGCAAAGAUCCAGAGCAAGUGAAAGAGAUUCGAGCCGCCCUUACUGCUAUUCUUGGUGCUAAGGUGGAUGGAUGGUCGGACCUUCAAGACAGAGCCAAAGAUCUCCCGCCCGCGCUCCCAGAGGAUGAGCCACCACGAAAGAAGGCCAUUCUUACCAUCGACCGAAGCCCAACCGCUGGGUUCCCACGUAUCUGCUGGGCCGAUCUUCCCGAUCUCAACGAGUACGGCGCUCUUGCAGCAGGCGACGCCGCUGUAACAGAAGAAGACACCAGUAUGCCCCGAUCUGCCCAAUCCGCUGCUGAGACCCUCCAAGAAGCCAAAGACGAACUUAUGGCACGACUGCAAGAAUCGUCACAAAUUGCCGGCGAUGAAAACCAAGAUUAUGAUGCCGGUGAUGCUGGAACGGUUGGUGAUGAUGAUUCACGCAGCCUGGAGGCUGUUGCCGAUGGAAGCAUGGAGGAAGAAGAGGAAGAAGAUGACGAGGAUGAUGAUGACUACCGAGGUCGUCCAGGUGAUCAACAACGUGGUCUUUUGACUGAUAUUCCUCUUGUGCUGGGUCCUGCUGAGAUCGAGGCUCUUCCUAUGAUCAUUCAGGCUGGUAUUGUCGACAGCUUUGGAUUAAAGGGCGGAGAGAGGACUGGUUCAAGAAACAUGCAGGCCCUUAGAUGCCAUAUCCUGCUCACUCAGGAGACUGGCCGAAAUCUGCUCCGGGAGCUUUUGAUCUUCAUUGCCGCCUGGGACCUCCCUGAUGAUGAGCUUUAUUUCAAGAUGAUGGUCCAGAUCAUGGAUGCAGUCCUGAGAAAUGGCUUGAUGUCUCAUGCGUACUCGGACUUUGGUCAACCAAAGGACAUCAUCUCUCCGGCCCAGGCAGUCGUUGUCAAGAUUCUCACUCACAUCUUCAGAGCCAAAUACUCUCCUGCAUCCGUGACUGGAUCGACGCCCGCCAAUACGCCAAAGAACCCUGCACCUCUCUCGCGGGUUGACAUCCUUACUGUCCGCUACAUCUUCACCAUCUUCCGCGGAAACAUUAUCCCCGAAACUUGCGCCCUGAUCUACCUUCAAGGUCAGAUCCGGGCUGGACGUGCACUGCCAGAAGAUUUCCCCCUUAAUCUGUGGGAUAUGGAACGAGUUUACGAAGGUGUUUACCAGUUCCUCGAGUUCUUUGCCGUGCUCACCGAAAACAAUGACUGGAAGAACCUGUUGGUCAAGUGGGAGAUUGUCUACGAUCUGGUCACUUUGAUCAAGGAACUUGACGCCAGUAUUCCCAAGGGCCAGCUGAGCUCGUUGUCCCUUGGUGCCUCUCGCGGUAGCCCUCCAAAGGACAUCCAGCAGGGUGGUGCUUCUGGGCCCGUAGCAGUUGAACGACCUUAUGAUCCUAGUGAUCCAGACCCCGCUGAUGUCGGUAUCGGUAGUGCCGGUUCAGGUGCUGAGUCGCCACCCAUUACCGAGGAUCCUUCUGAGUUUGAAUGGAGGAAUCUCAAGAAGCUUGUCGUUCUCGUCCUGUCGUCCCUUGUUUGGAAGUGUCCCGAGGUCCAGCAUCAAAUUCGCAGAUAUGGUGGUGUUGAGGCUAUUCUGUCUUGCACAAACUUUGAUGCCCACAACCCGUAUAUCAAGGAGCAUGCGGUUAUGUGCCUGAAGUUCCUUCUGGAGGGAAACCGAGAGAACCAGAAGUUGGUGGAGGACUUGGAAGCCCGAGAGGUCGUCAAGGAUGACAGUGGAGUGCUGGAACGGAGUGGCUUUGAAGCUGUGAUUGACAAGGCUGGCAAGUUGGCGAUCCGGCCCAAGGAGGGUCACGAACAAAGAAGAUAGAUGUGAUUGGCAUCUUUCCUGAAUGCAGGUUUUAAACAGCCCAUCGAUUUGUACAGAGUAUCAUACUAAACAUCCAAAAAAGGAAAACAAGUUUUUGUUUAGAAUAAAAAGUUAAAGAUAUCAUGCAAAAUGAAUUCAUGCCC